AUGCCUGUGGUGCAGAUUCACCUUCAUGGCUGCCCUGAGACAGAAGCCACUGUCCCCUGCAAGCACAUGACACUGGUGAAGACUCGAGGAUCCACAACGCCAGGUUUUCACUUUAUUACAGUCCCAAAGUAUCGCAGAAGCUUGCAUAAUAGUCUCGUUGGGCACCUGGAUUGUGAUAUAUUCGCCAUCGCUUUGACGCGGAUGCUUCAGAACCAUGACCGGCAGGCAUUUGGCAAUGCAAAGACAGCAGAAAAUAACAACUCCAGCCGCUUUGGGAAAUUCAUCCAGCUCAUCUACCUGGAAAGUGGCGUCCUCAGAGGAGCAUUUGUUGAGAAGUUUCUGCUGGAAAAGAACCGCCUGGUGUCUAGAGCUAAAAAUGAAAGGAACUUCCAUGUUUUCUACUGUUUGCUGAUGGGCACGUCUAAAGACGAGCGGGAAGAAUUUCAUCUACUGAAGCCGCAGGAUUAUGUUUACCUCAACCAGGGGGAAUUUAACUUAAAUGAGGAGGACGAUCCAAAACAGGAAUACAAAAGACUUCAGCAAGCUAUGGAGAUGGUUGGGUUUUUGACCGCCACUAAAAAACGCAUUUUAUCUGUGGUUUCUGCCGUCCUGCUCUUGGGAAACGUGACGUACAACCAGUCAAAGGAUACUGAUGUCCUGGAGGCUGGACCUGCAGAGGUUUUAUCUUCACUCUCACAGCUGCUUAUGGUGAAACAGGAGCAGCUGGUGACGACUUUAACCAAGAAGAAGGUAGUGACUGCAACCUCCACUGUGGUUUCAUCCUACACACUACAAGAGGCCAUGUCAGCUCGUGACUCCAUGGCGAAGAGUUUAUACAGCGCUCUGUUUGACUGGAUCAUCCUCCACAUUAACCACGCAAUGAUCAACAGACGGGACAUGGAGGAGUCCGUCUCUUGUUUGUCCAUUGGUGUCCUGGACAUGUUUGGGUUUGAAAACCUCCAGAGGAACAGUUUUGAGCAGCUGUGCAUCAACUACGCCAGCGAGAAGCAGCAGUUUUACAUCAACCAGAACAUCUUUAAGUUUGAGCAGGAGGUCUAUGUGUCAGAAGGCAUAACCUGGGAAAACCUCAACUUUACUGACAACAGCGACUGCAUCCAGCUGAUCAGUGACACAUCAAUAGGGCUCCUCCACUUAUUGAACAAGGAGAGCAAGUUCCCUUGGGCCUCAGAUGAAACCCUGCUGGACAAGUUUAAACAACACCAACUGAGCAACCCUCACUUUGGGUACUCUCCCUACAUGCAGGGAACUUUUACCAUUGAACACUACGCUGGGAAAGUUAAAUAUCACAUCAAGGAUUUCAAAAAGAAAAACACCGAGCACAUGCGUCCUGAAGUCAUAUCUCUUCUGCGGAGCAGCAAGCACUCCUUCCUGCUUCACUUGGUUGCAUCCAACCCUGAAGCUUUGUUCAGAUGGAGCAUCCUCCGAGCGACCAUCCGCAUCGUCUCAGUCUUCAAAAAACUCCUAAAGCAGCGGACUGAACGAACUACUCCAAAACAAACCCCACGCACGCCAAUCUCAGCCUUAAAAAGGCGCAGCAGUUAUCUGGAGAAACUGUCUGGCUACACUCUGGAUUUCUCCUUUGAUUGCUCUGAUGAACAAUCACUCGAUAUGUUUGAGGACAUCUUUGUCAAUUAUGAAGAGAAAAAGAAAAAUAGAGGUAGCCGGCAAAAGCAGAUCAUUCCAAAGAACCUCGUGAAUUUGAGUUCACUCCAUCACAUCGUUGGUCUGAUGAAGCAUGACAGAACGAGCAAAUCUGUCUUCCACCCUAACCGGCGAGCAGAUCCACCCACAGUUGGCGCUCAGUUUCAGACCUCAUUCGGAAAACUGAUUGAGACGAUUGAGAAAGCGGAGCCUUUCUUCAUUUUCUGUCUUCGCUCUAAUGCUGAAAAGAAGCAGCUGCACUUUGAUGAUAAACUGGUACUAAAGCAAAUCAAGUACACUGGCAUACUGCAGAUGAUUCACAUGCAGAAGUCAAGCUACAAAGCUAAAUACACAUUUAAGGAAUUCGUUGAGAAGUUUGGAAUUUUGCUUCCAAAGGGAAUGACUGGAUCCCCACAGGAGAUAACUGAACUGUUUGAGAAGAUGGGAUUGGAAAAGAGCACCUACCAAAUAGGAAGAACUAAAGUUUUUCUGAAAGAAAAGGAGCGUCAGCUGCUCCAGAGCACUCUGAACAAAGAAGUGAUGCAACGGAUCGUCACCCUGCAGCGCUGGUUCCGUGCCUAUCUCAUAAGGAUGCACUUUCUGCAAAAGAAGGAUGCCACCAUGAUCAUCCAGAGGAGCUGGCGGGAGUUUUUUGAGAAGCAAAACCGAGCUGCGACAGUAAUCCAGACGGCGUGGCAUAUUUCCCAGUCACUAGACCUGGGGGACCAUAAAAAUGUAUUAUGCAGUUCUCAGCAUGGAGCCAGUUCAAUGAAACAUAGUUUGAAAAGGCAGCAAAACUUGGAUGGUGUCAUCAAGAUCCAAUCGCCAGAUCCAGCCAACAACCAGGGCGCAAAGGAGGACGAGAGAAAGCAGAUAGGCGACAACAAAGCGUCUGUUUCCCAGCUGAUCAGACCCUUCUCUGUCCCCCUGGACACCAAAGCUGGCAGCAGGGACCCUUCAAUGGGCAAUGACAGAACGAGGGAGAGAUCCAGUGAAGAUGAUCUGACAGACACAUCAAGUCCUGAAGUACAUCGAAGAAGAGAUAGGAGAGAUGACAUGUUUCGCAAAGCAGUUUCUGUUGAUGAACUGUCAAGCUCCUCUGGCUGCGAAAGCUCCCCCAGUCCCAAAAUGGAAAGGGCUUGUCUCCGCAGGCCGAAAAAACACAAGCGGCGCUUAGCCUACGCCCGCAGCGGUUUGGUGCAUAACUUUGGGGGCUCCAAGGAGAAUGAGUACUGGAACUUUCCACUGCCUCCCAUCAGCCCAAAUGUGCCCACCCUGACGGGCUCAGCCAGUGUCAUGGAUCUCUGGCCCCUCAAUUCCCAGGUCAAGAUGGUAUCAGAACUGGACUGUUCAAGGCACAGCCUUCCAGCCAGAUCAGGCUGUGAAGACACUGAUCUUCAAGGCACAAAACAAUCACUUACGACUCCUGAGAAGAUUGGGUUUUUUGGUAAACUCCUGGGGAGACGGGCGCACAAAUCUUCAAAUGCUGAAUCUACAGUUGAUAAAUCUGUAACGUUGCCAAGAUUCUCCACACAGUCUUACCAAAUGGCUAGUUCCAACGAAUCGAGGGUCCAGCGAAAAGUUCCUCAAAUCAGCCGAGCCACGCGAACGCUUGAGGCGGACGCGUCCCUGGACCGCGAGAUCACCGAUCCCAAUGAACUACGAAACCUUGACGAGUUCCUUGGGAAUCAGGUGAAUGAACUGCAAUCAAGAGUGAAAGAACUGUCCUUAACUGAGGGCAUUUUCCUGUCUGCCACUAUGGAGUUCAGGGAAACCAUCAAAAGCAUGUAUUCCUUACAAGAGCCCAAAGUUUGCUACAAAAGCCUAAUGAAUGGGUACCGUAACAAAGUGAGUGCAUUGGCAGGACGAGGUAAGAGGUCAGAGGUCUCUCUGGUGGUCAACUUGUUCCAGUCUGUGCUGGACGGAUUCAUCAGAGCCGAGAAAAAGCGAGAGGAGUCCGAACCAGCCAAGACUACCAGGACGGGAAAGAAGAGGAAGACAAAUGACAAAUGUAUUGAUAAUCCUCUGGAUCAUCUGUUCAGCACAUACCAGGUGAACAUCAUGCAGUCGUGUGACUUGUGUAAUUCCUUCAUCUGGGGAAUGGAGAAAGCUUGCAUGUGCAGCGCCUGCAAGUUUGUUUGUCACAAGAAAUGUCUAGACAAAAUCAUCACAGACUGCUCAAGACGGCGGUCCGUGCUGGAUGACAGUGUUCCAGGCUCACUACACUUUGGAGUUCAAGUGUGCGCCCUGACCAGUAAAACCAACCCAGUGCCCAAAGUGUUGGAGUUGUUGCUGAUGCAUGUGGAGCUGAAUGGCCUCUACACCGAGGGAAUUUACCGAAAGUCUGGAGCAGCCUGCCGAGUGAAGGAGCUGCACCAGAUUCUGCAGACUGAUCCUGAAAAUGUCUGUUUGGAUAACUACCCCAUCCACACCAUCACCGGUCUCGUCAAGCGCUGGCUUAGAGAGCUUCCUGAACCCCUCAUAACAUUUUCUCUCUACAACGACUUCCUGCAUGCUGCCGAGCUGCCAGAGAAUCAAGAGAGAAUAAGGGCUGUAUACCAAAAGGUCGAAGAGCUUCCUCCCGCUAAUUACAACACUUUGGAGCGGCUUAUAUUCCACUUUGUCAAGGUUGCAAAGGAAGAGAAGCACAAUAAGAUGUCACCAACAUCUCUGGCUAUUGUGUUUGCUCCCUGCAUCCUGCGCUCAGCUGAUACAAGUGACCCCUUACUUUGUAUGAAGGAUGUGCCCAGAAGUACCCUGUGUUUGGAGAUUCUGAUCAAUGAGCAGCUAAGGCGCUACAACGAGAAGAUGCAAGACAUCCAUGAGCUGGAAUAUGCUGAGGCCCAGGCCGUCCAUAAACUCAAACUAAGGAGACAAAACACGGUUCAACCCGCAGCUGAGCAGAAUGUUCCACAUCCACUGCAGGUUGAUGAGUCCGACAGCAUCAUCAUUAAAAGAAUCAAGUCAAUCAAGAAAGAAAAGUUGGACUUAGUGAUCAGAUUACCUGAACUGGAGCAGGAACACUCGGACUCUGCAUCAUCAGUGAGCUCAGACAGCCUGGACCAGCUGGGCAGCGUUGACUCGGAAGGAAGGGUGACGAAGCUGUCGAGAGCACCGAGACCGAAAUCCCCAGCUAAACCUGCAGACAUGGUGGUCAGGAGUCGCACUGCUCAAGACUCUCCCUCCCCAGAUGACAAGCAGCAGCAGCAGCUCACCAGCAAGACCUUUAAUGGGAGUUUUGAUGACCUGGACAUCCCUUAUAUUGAUGACGUUGAAGAUUGAAGCUGACACUAAUUCCACACGUUCUGAUAAUCAUAACACCUGAAAGCACUUUGUUUGACAGACUCCAUUUGUCAUUGCUGCUGAGAAAGACAUCAUGCUGACCCGCUCUAUCGUAGUUCUUAUGAGACAUGCUCAGAACUAUUUCUGAUCUUUAUAUGGAAAUUCUGCUAAUUCCAUCACUUUACAGAACAUUUUGUAAAGGAGCUGAGGGAUUUGGACCAGCUCUGUGUAACAAACUGUUGAAUUGGGUUGGGUCUGUUGAGUCUGAACUCCCCUUUUCUUCUCUCUUUUCUGGUGGUUGUUUUGUUUGCAGUUUAAAAAAAUAACAUAGUAACUAUACAGUAGAUGUGCUAACAUUGUACUCAUAUUCUGACACUGUGAUCCAGAAUCUCACUGGAAAACCAUGUAUUUCUAUUUCUUUUUUCUUAACUUUUAGUACUUUUUUAGUAGUUUGACAUUAAUUAAUCUGAGACUUUUUGUAAUAUAAAUUCUGUCUUUAUUUGAACUGUGAUUUUUACCAUGACAAAACAAGUAAUCCAUUUUUCUCUUUUUCUCGUUAAAUGUGUGUACAUUUUGAAAAGAACUGGUGUUGUCCAUUUGGUUGCCGUAUUACCAGCUGAAACAAAUAAAUGGCUUAUUUGUUUGGAGGGACCAAAACUGCUGGAACUAAAUGUAUAGGAAUACAUAUAUGUCUUAAAAUGAAGCCAAGAAACAAUGAGAAACUAAAUGAAUAAAACAUAAUAAGAUUGAAAAUGAAAUUAUAAUUAUAUAAUAAAUAACUCACAUUUAUUAGCCAAAAAUUAAAUAUAAAUAUCAAUUUUGCCACACAGCAAUUGCUGACUUUGAGACUUGUAAAUUUUUUUGUGCAUGUAUUCACAGUAAAAAUUUGAGACAUUUGUUUAUGUAUCUUUUUUUAAAUACAUAAAUAAUUUUCUUGUACAAAAUGUUUGGUAUGCAUUAUAAUAAAACUCUUGUCAAGCUUA